CCGCGCAUAUUUCGCAUCCUUGGAGAGACGCUGCGCAUUUUACGCACUCAGCGCGCCCGAUUAUUCAUCAAACCAAAACCGUGAGGACACUCUGGAGUUUGCAGAGGGCUUCCCGAUGCUCUUGCGACUCCAAUCCGUGAGAAAGUGUGGGAAUUAAUCCAUAAAGCGGCGUAUGAAUCGAGGGUUCCUGCUUUCUGAAGAGGGAUUUGGACCAGCUUGCUGAGGUGUACCAGCCACUUUUGAUACUUUAUUGGUAGUCAAAAAUUUUGAUUACCGUUCUCUAAUCAGCAGCUACCAUUAGCAUUCUGUCCCUAGUUGUUUGUAGCUGGCUGUCUCCCCUUGGACAUCAUUAUUGCCAUUAGCAAUAACGUCAGGGUUAGGUUACUAUUAUUACCUUACCUGCUUUAGCCGAUAGCAUUAGCGCUGAGUACACAUCAGGCGGUUAGCAUUAGCUGCCAAUAUGGAUCGCAGUAGCUGGAGCGGCAGUGAGAGUCCGGGGGACGACAUGGAAAGACUAAGUGACUCUGGAGGGGAUAAAACCAUGGACGGGGACCCUGAGGGGGUCUGGAGCCCUGACAUCGAGCAGAGCUUUCAGGAGGCCCUGGCAAUCUACCCGCCCUGUGGAAGGAGGAAGAUUAUACUGUCAGAUGAAGGAAAGAUGUACGGUCGAAAUGAGCUGAUAGCCAGAUACAUCAAGCUCCGAACAGGCAAGACGCGGACGAGGAAACAGGUAUCCAGUCACAUCCAGGUUUUAGCCAGAAGAAAAUCCAGGGAGUUUCAAUCCAAACUAAAGGACCAGAAUGCCAAGGAGAAGGCCCUGCAGAGCAUCUCCUCCAUGUCUUCGGCUCAGAUCGUCUCAGCCACAGCCAUACACAGCAAGCUCCUGCCUGGAAUCGUACGGGCCAGCUUCCCAAGCAACGCACAGCUGUGGCAGGGAAUGAUUCCUGGAGGACAGUCUAGCUCCACCACUGAAGAUAUUAAGCCAUUCUCUCAGCAAGCCUACUCUGUGCAGACAGCGGGGAUCACCACAAUCUCAGGCUACGAGCCUCCUGCUGCAGCCCAAACACACAGAGAGCCAGCGUGGCAUGGUCGCUCCAUCGGCACCACCAAACUACGACUGGUAGAGUUUUCAUCUUUCCUGGAGACACAGAGGGACCAGGAGGCAUAUAACAAGCACCUGUUUGUGAACAUCAGCCAGAGCAACCCGAGUUACAGCGACCCCAUGCUGGAGUGUGUGGACAUCAGACAGAUCUACGACAAGUUCCCCGAGAAGAAAGGGGGCCUCAAAGAGCUGUUCGCCAAGGGCCCGCAAAACGCUUUCUACCUGAUCAAGUUCUGGGCGGACCUGAGUUCUAAUGUGCAGGACGACCCUGCAGCGUUCUACGGAGUCACCAGCCAAUACGAGAGCUCGGAGAAUAUGACCAUCACCUGCUCCACCAAGGUCUGCUCCUUCGGCAAGCAGGUGGUCGAGAAGGUGGAGACCGAGUACGCACGGUUUGAAAAUGGCCGCUUCAUUUACAGAAUCAGCCGCUCUCCAAUGUGUGAAUACAUGAUCAACUUCAUCCACAAGCUCAAACACCUGCCUGAGAAAUACAUGAUGAAUAGCGUGCUGGAGAACUUCACUAUUCUACUGGUUGUGAGCAACAGAGACACUCAGGAGACCUUGCUGUGUAUGGCGUGUGUGUUUGAGGUGUCUAACAGUGAGCACGGAGCUCAGCACCACAUCUAUCGACUCGUCAAGGAAUAACACAUACACAUACACACACACUCACACACACACACACACACACUUAUCAAACACACACACAUAAGGCCUUUUGCUUGGUGAUUAAUGGUGACAUUGGAGGUACAAUGUCAAAAAACUGGAUUCUUCAAAAGUGUCUUUCAGCCAAACCGCUCGACCUAGUGAGGAAGAAAAUGGCUGCAUUUUUACUGCAAAGCGUCACAACAAUAAUUGUUUUGUUUUUUGUGUAAACAUCAGCUAUAAAGCAGUUUGCUUCAGGAUCCUCCAUUUCCACACAACACUAUUAACUCCAACCUGUAUAUCAGAUGGUAAUUAGCUGUAAAAAAUACAUUGAUUAUUAAAAAAGCACAAUGAAUCACAUCAGAAUCUAACUGGGUGGUUUUCCCCAAAACAUACUGAAUCUGAUAUCACCGGGUGACGUCUCCUUCUAAUUGGUUUCUUCCCUUCUUUCUCCCAGUACAUUUGUAUUUUGCUGUUCUGUAGAUGGAAAUGAAAGUGUUAUUUCUGUCAAGUGCUUUUGGAAAAUCAUCCCAGGGAAAAUAAAUUCAAUUCCCUCUUCCCCGUGACAAAGGAGUGUGUGUUAUCUGCCAAGAUACUGACGGACACUGAAGGUCAGACCCUGUGUAUCAUCAUCAAUAACCUGAAAAGAAAAUAACUAUUGCAUUAUGCAUCAUAUAGUACAGUAUAGAGUUUGUUUUGUACAUAUAUCCACUGCAAAUUGUGUGAGCUAGAUUCUUGCACAAAAAAGAGGUUUGUUCCCAAAGAAAAGAACAUUUUUACCUUUUUGUAUGUUUUCUUUAAAAAAAGACAAAAAAAAGAAUAGCUUCUAAACUUUGGGAAAUUGUUUAUUGAUAGUAGCAUAUAGACUAUAUUUUAAUUCCAGGAACACUAUCUAAAAUGUAUAUACUAUCUAAUAAGAAAGUAUAAGUGAAAUUGAAUAAUUCAGGUACCUGUUUGUGCAACAAGCAACUCUUCAUCAAGCUUGAAGAAACACAUGUUAAAGCUACAAUCCUUAAGCUUUCAGUCCUGGCUCUUUUGGCAGCUAUUGACAAAUAAUAAGAAGGAUCGUUUGAAUAUACUGAAUGCUUAUUGUUAAAAAAUUGCAGACCAAAGUGGGUCAGAUUUCAGUACAAUCUUAAGGAUUAUAACUUUACAUAUCAAAUAUAUUGUGGUCAAUCAAUUGGGAAGCACUGUGACUCUUUAAAACUAUACAACGUCCUUCAUUAUUUUCAAGGGAAGAAACAAUCCAAACUGUUCAAACUAAAUUAUCUUUUUUUAAAUCAGGUUUCACUUAGUAAAUGUAUCUUAGUUUAAUAAGCUUAGCUAAAUAACAUGCACCAGCUAACUUGAGCUGACAGAGGUUGAAACCUGAAAUGUUCUUACGUCUUACAUAUUUUAAUUGCCUUGACUAGAAGCCAUGGUUUCAUUUUAAGAAAAGUGGUUGAAGACACAGUUCUCCAAAUAAAAGUUAAACAAAUAGUUUAUUUUCAUUAUUUAACAACCAUACCACCUUGCUAGUGUUUAUAAGUAGCCAGCGUUAAUUCUAAAGGGUCAAUUGAAUAGGAUUUGCUCCCAUGAACGCUACCGAUGCCAGCAGGCCAUGGCAUGGUGUUUCAUUUUAAGAAAAGUGUUUGAAGACACAGUUCUCCAAAUAAAAGUUAAACUUAGUUUUUUCCAGUAUUUAAUUAUACCACUUUACUAUUGUCCAAGGGUCAAUUGACCAGUCUGUAAGGAUUUUCUAACAUGAACGAUAGCUUUGCCAGCUAGCUAACAGCAAACAUCGUCACAUCCAGUGAGCGCAAGCCAUGGCAUGGUUUUUCAUUUUGAGAGAAAGUGAUUGAAGACAAAUUUCCCUUUAAUCAGUCCAGGACUUGUUUCUUCCAGUUUUAUGCUAGUAUGUCAGAAUUAAAGUCAUUUAUAAAUCAAAAACCAAAAACUGUUGAUUAAGUGUACUGUAGCAGGUGGUGAGAAGUGGUUUGUUUGUGUCAUGCCCAGCAGCAUGAAGUGCCUUUGGUUGGGAACAGCAGUAGACAUUUCUAAUGUGUUUCAUGAAAAUAAUUUGGUGUCGUAAAUGUGUGUAUAGAAAGGCGUUUUAGCUAAUAUAAAUGCAUAAUUACGUUUAUCAUGCUCCAGUUUCAGCAUCUGAGGGCUAAAUAUCCAAAUUCCAUAUUUAAUGGCUGUUUCUUGUUGUAAUUUGUUCACAGUGAGCCUUUCUAAAGAAUCUUAAUUGUUCCCACAUGAUGUUAAUGAGACACGUUCUUGUUUGCUUCUUUAUACGGCACUAUUUACAUGUAUUUGCAUUUGUGUAUUACAUGGUGGUUCAUGUUGAAACAGCUUGCACAUUGUCUGGUGCCUCAUUUAUAAAAUACAAAUUGGACUUGUAACGACAAGAGAAAGCCAAUUCUAUUUUUGUCUGUAUGUCGCUGCUUUAAAAUUAUUUAAGGAGUCCUGAAGGGUUAGGGUUGGGGUUACGACAUACUGAAGAACCAUGUAACAGCAUGCUGUAUUCAACAAUGGAGAGUACAGUAUGCUGAUUAAAACAAUGUCAAGACUCACAUGAUUCUGUUUCCUACAACCCGCUGGGAUGCUAAGUGGUGUCUAGAAUAUUUGAAGAAAAGUAAACUACGAAUUAAGUUUUACCAGUUUACUAGAUGUGAAAAAGCCAGCUUUAGUCUGAAUUGGCUAACUGUUAGCAGUCUUAAAAUGACUCGUCCCUAAGUCAGAUCGUACUGGUCUGGAACCAGUCUUCUACAAUUGUGCUGAAGAAUGUUAAGAUGUGUCAUCAUCCAAAAAGCUUUAGCUUGUGUAAAGAUUGCUGUGGGGGUCUUUUAGGGCUGCAAACACCUGUCCAACAAAUUGCAACCCUUUCAACUCACUGGUGAAUCAUUCUGUCAGGAAAACCCCUUUCAAAAACCAACUGCCUUUAACUUUCCCAGAGCUUUGCCUCACACUACAUGGUUUGUUGUUUGCAGGCAGACUAUAGAGCUUCACAGCAGAAUACUAACACGUAACAAGUAUAUGCUAGCCCAACACACAGCCUCAGAGGGGCUGAUUUUGCAAUAAUGACCCUCUGUUUGGUCAUUGUCUACCACCUGCUUACCAAAGACAGUCAUCAUGUGACAGAAAACGCUAGAGUAACUUACCACUAGCUUCUGCCAAAAAUAGUUUUAAAGAAAAGGACUCUUAACAUCGUCAGCUCAUGGGCUUCACUAUAAAACUGUACAGAUGUAAGUAAAACAACAAAGAAAUAAACAAAAAGUAAUAGAAAUAGGAUUAAAUAACUUAUUGUGUUUUGAACCUGGUUCAGAAAAGGGUGUUUCUGUAUUAAGAGAGACUUUAAAUUCAAUUAAAUAUGGACACCUCUUAUCAUCUUGGUUGGCAGAGGGAAGAAGUAAGGCCACAGGAAACUGAUUUAUUAAAAAUAAUAGUGCCCCCAAUCUCUGCUAACCCAAUUGUAGGGCUUUUCUGUUUAAUGUCCAAUCAUAUUAAGCAACCACAGGAUGGGCAAGCACUAAUUACGUCACACAAAAGCAAAGUGUGUUUCUGAGUUUCUGAGUCACAGUCAUCUGUGUUGGUAAUGUCGUCUCGUAUGUGCAAGUUGGAUAUUUAUCUUUUCCAUGUGGCACAGAAAUCCUGUCUGUAAUUAAUUCCAAAAUGGCCUUGAAUCUUUUUCGCUCCGGUGCAUGUGCAGCACAUGUGUAUGUGCACUGAGGGGUUUUUGAUAAGGUGCUUUAUAUAAAGGUGACAAUAACGUUUAUUACAGAUGUUGUGUAUAUCUUUGAUAUUCUAAUGUUGAUCCCGUUUUGCGAAGAAGAGAGUACAUAUAGGAACAUCCAAAAGCUAGUAAUGUAUUUCUAUUGGUACUGCACAGGGUCUGAUCUUUGCUUUGUAACUUUUUUCCCCCGUCAUGGCUAAAAGUAUGUUAGAUAUUUUCUAGCUUUGUAGAGACUUUGUACGCAUAUGCUAUUCAGUUUAAUAAAUGGUCAGUUCCAAACUGUGA